AUGGGUAAACACGACAAGAAGACCGGUAAAGGUCGUCUCGAUAAGUACUAUCGACUCGCCAAGGAGCAGGGCUACCGAGCUCGUUCUGCCUUCAAGCUUGUCCAUUUGAACCGAAAAUACGACCUUUUGUCCAAGGCGAAAUGUUGCAUUGAUUUGUGUGCUGCUCCAGGUGGUUGGCUGCAAGUCGCCGAGAGGUACAUGCCCAAGGGCUCUCUCAUCCUUGGUGUCGACCUCAACGCCAUCAAGCCAUUGCCUCAUGUCACGACAUUCGUUUCCGACAUUACCACCCCUCACUGCCGACAGACCCUUCGUCAACACAUGCACGACUGGAAGGCGGACCUUGUGCUGCAUGAUGGUGCUCCCAACGUCGGUUCCGCCUGGGUGCAAGAUGCUUUCACGCAAAACGAGUUGGUGUUGCAGAGUUUAAAGCUGGCGACAGAGUUCUUGGCCAAGGGCGGUACUUUUGUGACAAAGGUCUUCCGAAGUCAAGAUUACAACAGUUUGAUGUGGGUCUUUGGACAAUUAUUUAAGACUGUCGAAGCGACCAAACCUCCCUCUUCCCGUAACGUUUCUGCGGAAAUCUUUGUUGUUUGCCGAGACUUUAUUUCCCCCAAGCACAUCGACCCCAAAUUCCUCGACCCCAAGCAUGUCUUCAAGGACUACACUUCCCUCCCCACCUCCAUCAUCGAGCCGGCCGCUGCGUCUUCCGGUCCUUCUGUGGCUGCUACUUCGUCCAGCACUGUUUCUGCUGCCGCCGCCGCUGCUCGACUUGCCGCCAACAACCACGCCCACUCCAACGUCUAUGCCCCAGAGAAGAAGAGGAGGCACAGAGAGGGUUAUGCGGAGGGUGAUUACACUCUGCACCAUACCGCCAGUGCUGCCGACUUUGUAAAGGGCCAAGAUCCCGUGUUGUUGCUGGGUGGCAUGAACAAGGUGGAGUUUUUGACUGAUGAGGAAAAGGGCUGGCUCAAAUCUCGUCACACGACACCCGACAUCCUGGCCAAUUGCUCAGAUCUUAAAGUGCUUGGUAAGGGUGACUUUAAGGCCCUUAUGAAGUGGCGAUUGGCGCUUCGAUUGGAGAUUGGGCUGGAUGUCAAGGCGGACAAGACUGCGGAUGCGACUGAAGAGGUGGUGGUUGAGCCUAUGGAUGAAGAGGAGCAGAUCUCUGAAGAGCUUCAACGACUCCGAGACGCCAAAUCUGCCAAAACCAAGCGUGAAAAGAAGAGGGCCAACGAGAAGAAGGCCAAGGACCUGCUCAAGCUUCAGCUCAACAUGACCGCUCCCGAAGACCUCGAUACCCACGAUCUCGCUCUUCAGGGAGAGGAAGAAAUCUUUGACCUCGAAGAGAAUGAGAACGAGGCUCGAAGGCAGGGCAAGAAGGCUGGUUUGGCUAGCUUGGCCGAAAACGCCGGUAUGGACAUGCAGUCUGAAUCCGAGUCUGAGCAGGAAGAGGAAGAGGAGGAGGAACUGCUUGAUUCCGACGAAGAACGCGAGCGCAAGACUGCCGCUCUCGAGGGCCAGCUCGAUGGCCUCUACGAGACAUACGUCGAGCAAAAGCAGGAGCGUGACGCCAAGUGGAAGGUCAAGCAGGACCGUGCCAAGGACAAGAACUAUGAUGCCUGGCACGGUAUCCAGGAGAAGAGUGACGAGGAAGGAAGUGAGGCCGAGCAUGAGGAGGAUGAAGAGGGUGGUUGGGAUAUCGUCCGCAACAAGAGGGCCAAGUAUGGCGAGGGCGACUCUUCUGAUUCAGACUCUGACGAGGAGGCUGUCCCAGCCAAGAAGGCGAGGAAGAGCGUGCAAUUCGAGCAGCCUUCCAGGCCUGCUGGGUCCGGUGGUCUUAUGACCAACUUGCAAGAGGCCGAGCUGAGGUCUCAGAGAAGUAGGCAAGCGCAAGUGUGGUUUGAUCAGCCCAUGUUCAAGGACGUUGGUGAUCUUGCCGCCUUGGACGCCGAAGAGGAUGAUGAGUCUGAAGAGUAUGGCGAAGAAGAGGACGAGGACGAGAGCGACGAUGAGGAUGUCGAGAUGGAGGACGACGCUUCCACUCUUGAGGGUGACGACUUUGAAAUUGUGCCACAAGAGGCGGAGGAUCUGGAGCCCGAAUGGGAUGUGGAUGAUGAAGAUCAGGACGAGGUGAAGAAGAAGAUCAUCCAAGACAAGGGUCUUCUUACCGCCGAGGCUGUGACUUUGGCCACUCAGCUGGUCAACCGACAAACCACCGCCGACAAGCUUAUGGACCAAGGUUUCAACCGUCUCUCUACCCAGCACAAGGACGGGCUUCCUGUCUGGUUCCUUGAUGACGAAGGCAAGCACUACAAACCCAACAUUCCUAUCACCAAGGAGGCUGCCGACGCCUUGAAGGCCAGGCAGAGGGCACUCGAUGCCAGACCGAUCAAAAAGGUGGCGGAGGCAAAGGGCAGAAAGAAGAUGAAGACGGCCGCGCGAUUGGACAAGGCCAGGAAGAAGGCGGAUGGUGUCAUGGAGUCUGAAGAGAUUGGUGAUGGUGAGAAGGCCAGGCAGGUCAGGCGUAUGUUGGCCAAGGCCGCAAAGGGCAAGGAGAAGGCCAAGGACCGAAAGCUUGUCGUCGCCAAGGGUCUGAACAAGGGAGUCAAGGGUAGACCAAAGGGUGUUAAGGGCAAGUACAAGAUUGUCGACGCGAGGAUGAGGAAGGAGAUGAGGGCGGACAAGAGGAUCAAGAAGGCCAACAAGAAGAGAUAG